CCCGCUCAUUCUGUUCUGGCGCAGUACAUAUUGACACCCAACAGCUUAAGGUGCGUCUCGCCCGUUGCCGGAAGGCAUGUUGCUAAUGUGUUGUGUCUGCUUCACCAUAUCUGCCCAACCGCUGUCCUCACACAUUCGUCGUCACCGUGCAUACGCUGCGCCGCGUCGCUGUACAUUCAAGGUGGCUUGGCACGCGCCCAUAUGGCAGGCUGGAAGCCGGUGCCGGCCCAUCUUGAAGAGCUGUAUGAAGCCUCGCUUCCGAUGAUGGACUGGCCAGGCUGGAGUCGUGCUUGCAUCUGUCCGGCGGGAGCUCUCACGGCCAGACAUCGCUCAGAAAGCUCGAAUGCUGCUCCGACUGCCUGCCCGGCUAGUGAUCCAAUUGUGGUAUGUUUCAUUGUUCGUCGUCAAGCUAUGUGCUCACCUGCAAUAUCUCUACCACACCUGGGUCUGCCACCGACGGUGACCGCCUCCCUCGAGUACGAUAUCAUAUGCCUUGUUCGUGCGGAUGGUACGCGUUUGGGGCUCCUGCAGUCAUCGAGGAAUGUCAUUUGCAAUGCUGGCUUGGCAAACUAG